AUGAAUUGGUUCGACACGUCAGGCCUUACGAGCCUUGCUAAGAAUGCGCUGAAAGAAGCGCAGAAAACUAUUGACAAGGCGCUCGACAUCCAGGAUGAAAGUGGAGAUGAGCCAGAAGAGGAGGCGACGCCACAGACCAGUGCCAAGUCGUCUCCAGGUCACAGCAACACUUCUCAGAAAGACAACUCAGAUUUCUUUUCGUCGUGGGGUUUAACAGUGAGUGCGGAGAGCGAACAGAAUACUCCGAUCAAGGAACAGCCCGUCGUAACAGAGAGUCCGUCUAAGUCCACGUCACAGAGCAUUUGGGGCUCGUUUGCGGGCUCUUUCUUUGAGCAACCUAAGGACGAAGAAUCCACUAUCGUGAGACCUCCGAAAGCUAAGUCUAUGAAUGUUAUUGCUGACAAUAAAUAUGGUAGCCAGGAUGAUUUGUUCUCUAAAAGUCAGCUCAUUAUGUCUGACAGUGAAGCAUUAGAUCACAGAAUAACCAAAUCUCUGAAAGAUGAACUCCCAAAAGCUGAUGAGAGACGUGAUUCAGCAAAGUCUCACAGACUGUCACUUGUCUCAAGCAGGAAUAGUUCCGAUUCUGUAGAAGUCUUGUCCAAAGCUUAAAGACUACACCUGACUCUGAGGCUUCAGUGCAUUCCAUGUCUCGCAGCAGUAGCACUGGACAGAAACAUAACUCGGAGUCUGUAGAAAUAUUACCUGAUAGUCUGGUGAGCUCUAGCUCAAUAGAGUGCCUUGGUUUUGAUAGUUAUUCUAGUGAAAAAAAUAGCAAUUCAUCAUCUCUCUGUGUGUCUCAUGGAGAUAACAGUGACAAAAAGUCUACUCCAGUAGGUGACAAGACUGAAAAAGUAGACACUGCUGACAGUGUUAGUUUAGUAGCUGAUGAUGAUGAAGACACCAUAUCCUACAACUCCAUAUCUGAGUGCACUGCACCCACAGUGCUGGACACUGAUGACAAAUCUGUAAGCCCUUUCACAAAAGUAAUUAAAACUGAUGCAAGCAGAAAAGUCAUAGAAAAAGAAUUGAUGCAUUUAGAGCAAGCCUUAGUCCCACAAAGAAUGCAAUUGAGUGAGAAUUCUUCUAAUGACGGUUCUUGGUCAGAUAGAACUUUAAAUGCUGAUGGUGACAGUAUUAACUUGGACAUGACUGCAGAAGACCAGAAGAAAGAGCAGGAGGAUGUUCUCAUUGAGAAAUUAAGUGACUCGUCAUCAUUCUACAAUGUGAAUGUUUCCAGUGACAUGCUGAGAUCUGAAAGUUCUGCAUUUGUCAAUGUUGAGAAACAGCAGUGCAAUGAAUCUAGUAGUAGCUCUUCUCAGAAAGAUGGCAGUGUUAAGGAAAGGACUUCUCCAAUAAGCUCAGAUAGUAAAAGUGACUUGGUCAAGAUAGGGUCCGACCGGACAUCAGGUCACACAUCUGGAGACGAGCUAGAAACAGCUACUUCUUCAGAUAUUGAAAUAAUUCCUAGUCCUAAUGGAGAUGGUCAUGGCUUUAGGAACAGUCCUGCUAAAUAUGCUUUUAAACAGUCAAAGUUUGAUGGCACGACUUCCCCAAACUUGGUGGAUCUAGUGUUAGGUAAAUCCUUAGCCACAAAGAUAAGGGGACAUAACAGAGAGCUAUCUGAGGCAUCUGUGCAGAGUAACACGAGUGAUGAGAGCCAGGGCUCAGAGAAUGAGAGACUGAUGAGGAGGCUUUGUGAAAUGGCAGAGCUAUUAGAAGCAAGAGAAAACAGACUGUUGGAAAUGAGUAGGAAUAAUGCAGACUUGGCAGAAAACAAUGCUGACUUGAAGAGCCAAGUGGAGUCAUUGAUGUUAAAGCAUGAGGGAGGUGAUAUUAAUACUAUCACAGAAGAUUACACACAGAGAAUGUCAGCCCUGGAGAAGAAGUUUCAACAAGCAAUCAGGGAAAAGGAUCAGCUGCGAAAACAACUGGACCAGGUGAAGUCUGAAUCGUCUUCACGCAAGAACUCCUCGGAGCUGGAGAAUACACUCAAGGAGAAGGAUGAGGUGAUAGCUCAGCUGCAGGAAGAAGGGGAGAAGCUGGCGCGACAGCAGUUGCAGCACUCCAAUAUCAUCAAGAAGCUGAGGGCCAAAGAGAAGGACAAUGAACAAGUCAUCAAGGGAUUGAGAGAUAAAAUAGCUGAGCAGUCAGCAGAGUUAGAUAGGCUGAAGCGGUCUAUAGCAGCUAAGGAGGAGCUGGAAGUCAGCCAAAUUGAAGCUGUGUACCGGCUUACCACUGCCAACAAGAAACUAGAGACUGAGCUUAUGGAGACGCGAAGUCAGCUAGACGACACGCAGCACAAGUUGGAGGGCAGUCGCACGUCGCUGGAGGGCGCGCGCCGCGAGCUGGCCGACCUGCAGCGGGCCAGCGCGGACCUCAGCCGCCGCGCCACCGCCGCGCACCAGGCGCACGGCGAGGCGCGCCGGGCCGAGCGGGACCUGCACCGUCUGCGCACCGAGCUCGCGCAGCUCAGGGAGGACAGGAGAGCUGAGGAAAAGAAGUGGGUGGCCCGGGAAGAAGGUCUCCGCCGCGAGCUGCAGGAGGCCCGCGAGGCGUGCAGCGUGCUGGAGGGCCGCGCGGGGGGCGACGAGGGCGCGGGGGCGGGGGCGGGGGCCGUCCUGGCGCAGCUGGCCCAGCUGCAGGCGGCGGCGCUGGACCGCGAGCGCGCGCACGCGCACGCGCUGCGCCAGCGCGCGCUGCGCCUCGCGGAGGUGGAGCGUGCCCUGGCGGCGGCCGUGGAGCGGGACCAACUGUCGCGGGACGAGACUGCCGCCCUGCAGGCCAGGCUGGCCGAGCUGGACCUGCAGGGACAGGAACACGCUCGCCAACUGAAGGAGCUGGCCCAGCGGGACCUGCGACAUCAACAGGACAUACAGCAGCUCGAGGAACAGAUUGCCAAGAAGAAUGAGGAGUUGGAAAGCGAACGAUCGUCCCAUUUGCAGCAGCAGUCGCAGCUGCAGCAGCGCCUGGAACAGCUGGAGCUGCAGCUGCAGGAGCAGAGCGAGGCGUUGCAGGCGGAGAGACACCGGGCCGCCAUACUGCAGGAGCAAUCGAGUCGCGGUGGCGAGGUGUCUCCUUCGCAGUCUAUUACUUCGGACUCUCUGUCAGCUUCCUUCUGGCACUCUGAGGAGGGCGGCGCGGCGCCGCGCGCGGUGUCGGGCAGCGCGCUGUGCGUGGAGGAGGCGCUGUCGGCGGUGCGGCGGCGCGACGCCGAGCUGCGCGCCCUCGCCGCGCACCGCGACGGUCUGCUGCACGACCGGGACCAGCUCGCCACCAGCCUCGCCGCCUGCCAGGCCGCGCUCGACGACAUGCAUGCGGUACAAGAGCAAUACGAUGCACUCCUCCAAAUGUACGGCGAGAAGGAGGAACAGAUGGCGGAGCUACGUCUGGACCUGCAGGACGUCACGCAGCUCUACAAGGCACAGCUCGACGAACUCAUCGCACUCAAACAGAGGCGAUAG